AUGUGUGGACAUGGGGGGGGGUGCUGUGUGUUAGACAAGGGACAUCAGAUCCCAUGAAGCUUAUAUAGGAUUAUGGGAAUUGUCAUACACCUAAAUGAUUUGAGAUGAAAAUUAGCAGGGUCACAUGAGUGCAGUGUCCACCAUUUUGAACCCAUGCUUGGGAAAGCAGGGGUUUGAAUGCUGAGAAGAUUUUGUCACAGGAAAUGGGACCAUAGGCGGGAUGCUGUAUUCAGCAGGCUGGUGUGCACCCCUUGUAAAUAUUUAUACUAACACUUGCAUUAGCAGAUGGAUCCUGAAUGGUGUUAAUUAUUAAAUAGCUCUAUCCAGCAGUUAGCAUGUUUACAUACAGCUAGCCUGAAGCCUGCCUGACUUAGAAGUUCUGCAUCAUAGGAGCCCUUUUUGGUCUUGGGAAGAUCUGGAUGAUGUACAGAGUCCUAAAUGAUCACAUACGACUAGUUCUUGUGGGAAAGCUAGGCUCUCGUUCUGUUUAGGGCAAGAAGGGGAGUCCAGGGUCUCUUCAUAUUUUCUGCCCUGCUUGGAUUCCAUAUUGGGAAAUGAAGUGGAACAGAUGUUGACAAUGAGUGGUUCUUUUUAAAGAGCCCUGAGUAAUGAAUGACAAUUGCUAGGAUUUGGACUGGGGAAUGGCUAAUGAAACUUCAUUAUGGUUGUAGAGAAUGUUAGUGGGCUGUUGGAAUUACUUGCAAAUUGGAAUUGAAUCAGCAACAUAGUGCUUUUUUUUUUUCAGGGCAAACUAAUAUAAUAUCCUGCUGUACUUAGGUAUUGCUUCAUGUUGUAGUUCAUCAGUGUCAGUCAUUGAGGUCUUUAUGAGAUUAUUCAGUUGUCCUUUGGGAUCAGCUUCCAGGAAGCAUUUGGUGUUUUAAGACAGCAAGCAACAGUUCCAGGAAGACUGAAGCUGCUGUCGUUCUGUGAGAAGGUCAUCAAUAGAUUUUGUUUUUGUGAGAACAGAGUAUAAGAAUACAAACUAAGAUAGCUUUGUCAUUAGCCUACAGUAUUACUGGUUCAAUCCCACUAUCACAGAAGCACAAUUAUUUAGUGGCCCAUAUUUUAUCAAAAGAUCAUUAUGUAGAGCAUGAAGAUGUGAGAACAAGCUGGAGAACAAGCCUGGGGUAUCUCAAAAGGACAGUUCACAAGUCAGGAGUUGUUUACCCUCUGUAAGUGAUGUUAAAACUUCUGUAUUAGUUUGGCAUUGUACAAUGGAUUUGCAACGUUCUCUUAUUCCCAACUAGAUGCUUUUAUUCCUUGGAUCUUGUGCCUUCCACUUGCCCUUGAGGUUUAUUUCAUUAAUUAAAGCUGGCAGAGAAAGACUGGCCCCUCAUCCCAUCUCAAACUUCAGUUAGGGAUGACCAUUGGAGUGGAUGUGAGAAACAUCAGAGGCAACCUGCGCUAUAGCUGUACCAUGAAGAUCUGGGUAUUAGGAUGGCAAAAGACCACAGCUGGACGGUUCAGGUGUGCUGAUGAGGCUAUAGCUGGGUCAUAAAAAUAUAGGCAUUGAGAUGAGAUCAGAGAUGGACUACAUAAGUGUGUGCAUUGGAGAUAAGGAAAGGCUGAAGCCCUACACGGUUGCCAGGUGUUUCCUCUGGGAAGGGGUGGUUUGCAUUCUUCUUGCAGUACCUGUGUUGGUGUCUAUGAGAAAGUGACUUCAGUGAGUGAGCAAAGUUCGACUUAUAAGCACACCAGUUGGCAUCACUGCUGUCCCUGUACUGGGCUGUGUUUGACCACUCUGUAUUCCCAUGCAUUGUCCCUUUGUGAUGGGGUCCAACUUGACUGAGUGCCAUGGAGGCCAGACUCAUCAGUGGAUAGUAUAGGGGUAAAGAGGACCAUAAACAAGGAAAUCAUUAACAAAAUAACCCCAAAGAGCAAUCCUUCUAUAGUGGGGAUGCAGAAGAGCUGGGAACAUCGAUGACCAAAGAGAACAUGAGGUUCAACAUUGGCCUUGACAUGAAGCAAGGGUGCUUGUCUCUCUACAGCUGCUUGUUUGCCUGGAGUUAGUGGUGAGUUUGUUCCAAAUGGCCCAUUGGCCCAGGGGAGUGAUGACAGAAGGGUAAUAACAAGAGGAGGCUAUUUUAUUUUUUCUUUCAAUUACAUAUAUUUUAUUUUUUAAUUAUUUAUUUAUUAAUUAUUAUUUUUUUUAUUUCUUACAUACAUGACAAUAGUGGAGUGCAUUAAAAUCAUAAUUAUCCAUUCACAGCACAGUGUUUUGUAACUCUGUAUAUAAAGAAGAAGGGGCUAUUUAAUUCGCUCUGCUAAGAGCUUCCCUUAGUAUAGUAUGUUCUCUGAGAGACUCUUAGCUUCCCCAUGUAAAUUCAAGAAAGCUCAAGAUGAGAGGACCAUUGACCCUCAUACUUGCAGUUGCUGAAAUGAAGAUUUGUGACUACCCCAAAUCUAGUUAAGGUCAUAAACUUCAAGCAACAACCAUAUGACCCUCAGACCUUGACAAUUACAUACUUGGCAUUAAGUGCCAAGUCUUGUGCUUAACUUUAUGAAGUUACCUACCCGACCUGGCCUUGAGCUCCUGGUUGAAAUCACCUGACCUUACUCUACUAGCUCUACCAACCUGGCUUAAACUUGCCCCUACUCCAGGCAUAAUCCACUGACCCUUUGCCCCAAACUCACUGCAUAUAUAGAACAUUAGCCUGACCAAAGUAGAUUAUGCAUCAGGUGUUCACUUGUUGUGCUCAUUCUGCUGGAUUUAGUGACAUGGUAUUUCACCUGCCUUUACUGACCUAGACUUAUUAAAAUUGUGGCCAUCAUCUCAAGUCUCCAAUUUCCUCAUUGUGCCACCUGAAUAUACAUCAGUGUUCAGUGCCCCAUAGCAAGAUCUGAUUGCACUAACACCCUGUCAAAACCCCUUAGCACUUGUCUGUGGAGUCUUCAUGACCCCUGGCUUUGGUUUUUAAGUUUAGCCAUUUUUGUUAUAUAUGUAUGUCCUUUCACCCAUAGUGUGGUCACCUGGUCAUGUCCAUCUGUGUGUCCUCUAUUGACUUAUCCUUAUGACCCUUCUCCCUGUUCCUGCUCUUUCUCUUCACCUGAAAACUUUGCUCUCAAGUCCUUGGAUCACCCUUACCUUGACACCUUGGCUUUUUUAUCCAAUUGACUUUCACACCAGCCCAACCCAGCAUCUAUACCACUUACCUGAUGGAGUGCUCUGUACCAAUUUUAUUAAUUGUUUUUAUCUUCUCAGGUCCUGUGACCUGGCAUCCCACAUGGCCUUACCCAUGUAGACUAAAAUUUUUAAGGUCUUGGCCUUCAUGUCAUUUCCUCAACCUCCUGCUUAUACUCUUUUGGCCAUUACCUUCUGUCCCAACUAAUAAGCCCAUGAUCCCUGACCUCAGGCUAUGUCACCAGGCUUCAAUCCUUUUUGGUCAUGUCUACAUGGUCUUUCAUACCUGCUGUUUCUCUAUUUGCCCUUCUGCAUCUUUGCUUUGUCUCCUAUGAAGAAUUGGUUUCAGCCCCUUCCCUCCAGUGACCUCUUCCAUCAUGCUCAACUGUCCCGAUGGACUUUGCCUUAUCUAUGUGUGGUGACCUCUUGUUCUUAAUCUCCUUGGUCUAGUAUAAUUGUAUUCCACAUGCAUUACCCUGCUGCUAUUAAUGCAUACUUGGCCUUAACCUCAUACCCUAAAAUUUUGUUGUGUAUGAUGGGCUAUACUUAACAGUCAAAAUGCCCUUAGCCAAACCUACUUGACUUUCAACUCAUCCAAACCCUAUAGCCAGUUCUUCUGUCCUUGCCCACCUGUCCUUGUCCACCUGUCCUUGUCUGUGAUGGCUUCAUGACCCUCUGUCGGUGGUCAUGUGGUUUUGACUCUUUGUUAUGUCCCACAUGUACUUUCACCCCCGGUGCUGUCCUCUGACCUUGACCCCACCCCGCCCCCAGCUUUGCCCAUUCUGGCCUUGCCCUUAUAGCCUUACCUCAUACCCCAUUCUACCUGUCCAUGCCCCCAAGGUAUUGUUCUUAUAUACUUCAGUCCCCUUUUCUUUGACACCUGAUGGUAUCCACCUGACUUUGGCACUAGCCCGACUCUGCAUCAAGAUCACUUGUAUUACCUGGUGGCCCUGUCAUAAUUUAUUACUUUUAUCCUUUGAGGUUCUGUGAGCUAGCACCUAACGUGGCCUUACUCACCUAGACUAAAAUGUUAAACUUCUAGUCUUCAUAUUAUGACCUCAACCUCCUACUUGUACCGUUGGCUGUGGCCUUCUCUAAUGAGAAAGGCCCCCAAUUCAUGGUCUUGCCCACCUGACCAUGCCCGCUGCCCUAAAGGACACUGUGUCCCGUAACACCAGUUCUCAAUACUUUUGGAUACGUCCAUAUGCCUUUUCAUGCUGGGUGUUCUUCCUUAUGCUACCCGCCAGCCUUGUCCCCAAGUCCUUAUGAAUUUAUUUCAGCCCUUCCAACCAAGGGUCCACUCCCAUUGCACCAACUGGCCUGAACCACAUUGCUGCAUCCAUGUUGUGGAAACAGCUUGCCAUUUAACCUCCUUGGUCUAGUAACUCAGCAUCCCAGAUGGGUUUACCCACCUAUUGUCAUCACACACUGGUACUUUGAACACCGCGGCCUCAGACUUCAUUCAUUACUGUAGUUGGGAAUAAUGUCUAAAUACCUUUCAGCAAAUCCACUUGCCCUCCAACCCAGUCCAAACCCUAUGUCCAGUCUGCCUGUCUUGCCCACCUAUCCUUGCCUCUGAGGUCUUCAAGACCUCACACCUGUGGUGGACAGGUUUAACCCUUUUUGGGAUGGAUGCUUGUUUUUUCACCCCUGAUGCUGCAGCCUGGUAUUGCCCCACUUGUCUGGCCUUCAGAGCCUUGCCCUUUUGGUCCUUCCCCAGACCCCUCCUCCCCUUGCUCUCAAGACCUUGCACCCUUGGUAUGGCCUUUAUGGCCUUGCCUUUGUGGUCUCUCACCCUAUUCUGUGACAUUGCCCUUGUACCCAGAACCUUGUGUCCUUUGUCUAGCCUUUAUGAUUUUACCCUUAUGAUGCUGCCCCAUGCUCCCUUCUCAUGGACCUUUCCAUUGCCAGAAAGACCAUGACCCCAAGUCCAACCUUUGUGAUAUUGUUGUAUUGCCCAGCUCCCCUGCUCCUUCCACCCCUCCCUUGCCUAUGCACACAAGGCCCUGCCUCACUGGAUUGUCCUUGACCUUAUUGUCCUGCCCCUUGUCCAUAGACUCUGCCCCAUUCCACUUCUCCUUGCCCUUCCAAUGCUCCCAAGCUCUUGUUCCCUCCUGGGACCUUCAUGACCUUGGUCUUAUAGCCCUGACCCAUGCCCCCUCUCUGGUUCCUUGCCCUUGACCCCAAGACACUUCCCCCUUGGAAUGGACUCCAUGGCCUUGCCUCUAUGGCCAUGCCCUCUGCCCCUCUUAUAGACUAAACCAAACACCUUUCUCCCUUUGUCUGGCCUCAGUGGCAUUGCCUUUAGGGUACUGCCCCUGACCACCUCUCUCUGUAAUUGCCCUUGUCCUUAAGGCCUUGAUAUAUUGGGUUGGCCUUUGUGACUUUGCCCUGCCUCAUGCUGUAUCCUCCCUGCUCUUUACCUUUUCCCGAAGGCCUUGCCCCCUUUCUCUGGCCUUUAUGGUGUUACUCUAUGGUCCAGCCCCUUGAAACUUCCUCUCUGCCCUUGCUUUCAAGGCCUUCCAUUUUCACUGGCCUUUAUGGUUUUACUCCCCUAUGGUCCUGCCUCAUGCUAGGUCCUCCCUGCCCUUGUCCUGGUCCACUAUCCCUUCUUCCCUGUUCUGAAUUCAUGGCCUUUUCCUAUGCCCCUUUUCCUAUGCCUACUUCCUGCUCUUGCCCAUGUCACAAGACAUUGCCCACGUUGUCUGGCCUUUAUGGCCUCACUCUUAUGGCUAUCCACUCUUCUCCCAUGGCUUUUCUCCCAAGGCCUUGCCUCACUGGUCUGUCCUUUAUGGCCUUGAACACAGUGCCCUGCCUGGAGCCCCUUCCUCCCUUCCCUUCCAUACUCCAAAUUCCUCAUCUCUUUUGUCUGGCCUUUAUGGCUUUUCCUGUAGGGCCCAGUGCCCUGUCCUUCAUCACAAGACCUUGCCCUCAUGGUCCUUCCCUAAGCCCUCUGCUUCCUUCCCUUACAUCCCCCCAGCCUUACCUCCUUUCUCUGGCCUUUAUGGUUAUGCUCUUAUGGCCCAGCCCCUGCCCAUCCUCCCUGCCCAUUCCCUUGCCCAUAAGCCCUUGUCUCAUUUUUCAGGGCUUCAUGGCAUUGCCUUUCUGUCUCUGACCAUUGUCGCUUAUUCCAGUUCUUGCCCUGUCUCCAGUCCUUGCCUCUGUAUUCAAUGGAUUUUCUCUUAUGACCCUGCCCCAGGCCACACUGUCCAUCUCUUUCGUGUGUGUCCAUGGGCUUGCCCCCAUGGGUUUGCUCUUUAUGACCUUUCCCCUAUGGCCCUGCCGCAUGCUACCUCCUUCUUGCCCUUGUCCUUUAUUACAAGACAUUUUCUCCUGUUCUGGCCUUCAUGGCCUUGCCCUGUGGUCCUAAACAAUGUUCCCUCUUCCGACUCUGGUUCAUGCCCCAGUUCUCUGCCCCACUGGUCUGGCCUUUAUGACUUGGCCAUUAUGAGCAUUCGCCCUUGUUCCUGUACAUGCCCUUUCUUCCAAGGCCUUGCCCCCAUUGCUUUAGCCUUCAUGACCUUGACCAAAAUUCCUUGCCCCAAGCCCCCUUCUCCAUUCUGUUCAUGCCCCCAAGCUUUGCCCUUGUCUCAUGGGUCUGGCCUUAAGGGACACAUGGACUUGCCCCUGUCCACUUAUUUCUACUUUGUCUCCAAUGCCUUGACCUCUGAUCUGACUUUCAUGGACUUUCCCUGAUGGUCCUGGCCAAUGGCCCCUCUUUUGGCCUUUUCCCUUGCCUCAAGACAAGAGGGGGUGUUGGACCACAAGGUAAGACUACAAAGGCCAAAGUAAGGGGGCAAGGCCUUGGGAGCAGGAAAGUGAAUGGAGAAGGAGGUUCUGGGCAAGUUGGUGUGCUCAAGGCCAUGAUGGACAGACCUAUGAAGCAAGACCUUAGGAGAAAGACCAUGGGCAGGGAGAAGGAUGAAUGGCCCUAAGGCAAGGCCAUGAAGAUCAGACAAAAAGGACAAGACCUGGGGGCUUGGAAGGGAAUGGAAUCUGGGGCUCCAGGCAGGGCAAUGUGGUCUUGUCAUGAAGACCAAACCCAUAGGAUGAAGCCUUGGAAUGAAAGGUAUAAAUAAGCAAGAAUAUGUGUGAAUAUUAAGGACAACCAUUUAAUGGUCAUACAAAUGGGACAAGGAUUUGAGGGCAUGCAAGGAAAGGGAGCAGAGGGCUUCGGGAAGGGCUAUGAGAGCAAGGCCAGAAUCCAGACCCAGCCACUUCUCAGCUGCACUAACUCUUGCCCCAAGUCCUUUCCCCUCUUGGACUGGUCUCUAUGGCUGAGGGCCUCAUGUUUCUGACCAGUACUGCAUCCUUAGACCCUUGCCCUUGCCCCAAGAUCUUGACAACUUAUUCUGGCCUCGAUUGCUUUAUCUUUAUAAUCUUCCCAGAGUCCCCUGCUCAUUUCCUAUGGCCUCUAGUCACCUCUUCUACCCACUUACUCCUGCCCCAAGUCCUUGCUCCUCUUGGACUGGCCUUUGUGACCAAGGUCUCAUGCCACCUUACUACUGCCCCAUUUUUGGGCUCUUGCCCUUGCCCCAAGAUGCUGCCCCCUUUCCUAGCCUUGAUUAUCUUUACCCUUAUAAUAUGGUCAUAAAGGCCAUUCAAAGGGUGCCUUUUGUCAAGUACUGGGGUAUGGAGGAGGGGGCAAGUUACAAGGACAGAUGGGCAAGGUCAUUUAGGACAGAUAAAGGGACCAUGGAAAAGGGCCAGAAGAGGGGACAUAGGCAAGGGUCAUAGGGCAAGACCAUGAAGAUCAGAAAUGGGACAAGGCAUUGUGCAGGGGAAAGGGGCUCAGGGCAGAGUGAUGUGGGCAAGAUAGGAAUGGUCAGUUCAAAAUGGCAACGGAUUGAGGCAAA